AUGAGGCUGCAAGAUGCAUGGUUCGCCGUCGCAACGGCAUUCACCUUUGCACAAGCAGAUCGCGGGCCGUAUUUCCAGUCGAGUCGCUUUGAACAUGGGGACUUUGGACAAUGGCCCACGGAGUUCUACCGUUCGACUGGUCUGAUGGGGCCUAUAUUGAACUACGUGGAGUUCAAUCCCCAAUGCAAGGACGGGCAAUACACACUGAUUUCGCCCCGUGGAAUGGCGGUGCGAGAUCCGGGACCCAUGAUCAUCGAUCAGGAUGGUCACCUGGUGUGGACCAAACAGUACGGCCAGACGUAUAACGUGAACGUGUACACCUACAAGGGCCAGGACUAUCUCACGUUCUGGGUGGGUAACGAUGGGAUCGUUGGCCAUGGCGACGGGACAUACUACAUGCUAGAUUCGGCCUACCAAGAGGCGUAUAUGGUCCGGGGAGCCAACGGCCUGCCCGCAGACCUCCACGAGUUCCACAUCACCGGUGAUGAAACCGCCAUCUUCACCGUCUACGACAUCAUCCCGGCGGAUCUACGGUCUGCAGGUGGCCCCGAAAAAGGCUGGGUAUGGGACGGCACAUUCCAAGAGGUCGACAUCGAAACCGGCCAGCUGCUCUUCCAGUGGCGCGCAUCCGAACACUUCAACUUCACCGACGGCUACCGCGGCCGCGAAGGCAACGGCGACUCCGAAGACCGCCCCUGGGAUUUCUUCCACAUCAACAGCGUCGACAAGGACGCCAAGGGCAACUUUCUGGUCUCAUCGCGCUACAUGAGCUGUCUCACGUACAUCGACGGCCGCACAGGCGAGAUCAUCUGGCGCCUCGGCGGCAAGCACAACGACUUCCAAGACCUCUCCCACGGCGCCGCCACAAACUUCACCUGGCAGCACCACGCCCGCUUCCGCGAAAACGGCACGGCCAUCACCGUGUUCGACAACGCCUCGCGCGGCGAGGGCGCCCCGCGCCUCACCAGCCGAGGCCUCUACCUCGACAUCGACACGGCGCAAAUGACCGUCCAGGUCCGGCACGAGUACUGGAACCCGCACCCCAUCAGCAGCCAGUCCCAGGGGUCCGUCCAGAUCCUCGACAGCGGCAACGUCCUGGUCGGUUACGGCUUCAACGCCGCGUGGACCGAGUACAGCAUCGACGGCGACGUCCUCUGCCACGUCCACUUCGGUCCGGAAUCAGCCUUCGGCGCAGGCAACAUCAUCUCCUACCGCGUCUUCAAACACGCCUGGACCGGCCUGCCGCGCACAAACCCGGAUAUCGCCCUGUACGGCUACGAGGCAGCCGUCAGCUGGAACGGAGCCACCGAGGUCGCGACCUGGGUCCUCCAGGGCUCGGACACGCCGCGUGAUGACAACGAGAGCGAUAACGGGAGCGGCCCCGUCUCCGACGACGAGUCCAUCGCCUUCCUCAGCGCCGUCCCCAAAUCCGGCUUCGAAACCACCAUCCCCAUCCCCGCACACACCACCCAGGACUACCUGCGGGUCCUUGGCCUCAACGCCACAGGCCAUAUCCUCGGCGCGACGGCAUGGCUGCGCUGGGACCCGGCAUCCGAGGAAGUCCUCAUCGGGCCCGGUGACAGCGACGACGACGCCUCCCCGAUCGAUGUGCGCGCGCUUCUGUUCUUUGCCGUUGGGUUCUUCUCUGCCGUUGUUCUGGCUGUGUGUGCGUGGUUUGUCCGGCGACGAUUUGCUGCGCGCGCUGCUGGCCGAGCGGCCGACCAGGAACGGCGCGGGUGGAAGCCCAUUGAUGAUUUCAAUGGGGAUGAGCGUGAUCUUAGCGAUGGGGAGGUUGAAGGGGUUGAGUUUUCGUUGCUGGGGAAUCAGCGAUUAACGUCGCAUUCGGCUUCGAGGAGGGAUCUUGAUGAUGACGAUUAA